CAUUUUCUGUAAGGCGCGUUCCUGCUCGCUCACGCACGCGCAAGCCUUGCAGUUUCUUGUUCCGUUUAGCUGCGGACUGUACCAAGUAAACCCGGACAGCGAGGGGCAAAGCCCGUAACCCCCUGCGCGGGCCUCGUCGAUGGCCCAAGUCGGAGAGCCCCUCUUCCCACAGUGCGACGGGAAUGGUCCAUCUCGCCGCGCAAGCGCCCUAGGCUCUUCACGCCGCUUUGCACUCCCUCCUACCCGACUUGCAGCGCAGGCGCAGAGCCGAGGCGUGCAGCCGCCGCCGCCGAGCCAGAGCGGGGGCAGCUAGCGCCGCAUCCCGCUCUACCUGCCGACAUCCUGCAUUGGAGAACUUGUGACCCAGGUGUGGCUGUGAAGAGCUGGCCGGGGAGGGACGCUGCCCAGCUGCUGCUCUUCUCCUGUCUCCUGUCCCCUCCCCUGGCCAUGACAGAGACCCGUGAGCCAGCUGAGACUGGGGGCUAUGCCAGCUUGGAAGAAGACGAUGAGGACCUCUCUCCAGGCCCUGAGCAUUCCUCUGACUCUGAAUACACUCUCUCAGAGCCAGACUCCGAAGAGGAAGAAGAUGAGGAGGAGGAGGAGGAGGAGGCCACUGAUGAUCCUGAAUAUGACCCUGGCUACAAGGUGAAGCAGCGCCUGGGGGGAGGCCGGGGGGGCCCAUCCCGCCGGGCCCCCCGUGCAGCCCAGCCCCCAGGCCCCCCAGCCCAGCCCUGCCAGCUCUGUGGCCGCUCACCCCUUGGGGAGGCCCCACCAGGCACCCCGCCUUGCCGGCUCUGCUGUCCUGCUACAGCCCCCCAGGAAGCUCCAGCCCCUGAAGGCAGGGCCCUCGGGGAGGAAGAGGAGGAGCCACCUCGGGCUGGGGAGGGCCGACCAGCUGGGAGGGAGGAGGAGGAAGAUGAGGAGGAGGAGGAGGGCACCUACCACUGUACAGAGUGUGAGGAUUCCUUCGACAACCUCGGGGAGCUGCAUGGGCACUUCAUGCUGCAUGCCCGGGGGGAGGUGUAGGUAGAAACCCCACCCAGGGAGCUUGGCCAAAGGGGUGGGGUGGGAGGAGGGGGCAGAGGAAACUGGGGGGGGGGUCAUAAUGGUCAUGGGGGAUGGGGGUAACGCCGAUCUGUGUCGUCUUAGCAGUAGAUGUGUGAAGGCCAGAAUAAAAGCCAAAUUCUGUGUGUGUCGGUCCAGCGUGUUUGGUGUGUGUGUGUGCGUGCGUGCAUGUGUGUAGACUCUUGAGUGUGUGAGGCAUGGGCCUGGGCGUUUAUCCCCUCCCAUCCCCUGGGGCUCCUCCCUGGGGGGACCCUUAACAUCAUCGUCAUCAAGACUUUCAAUAUUUCCUGAGUACUUCUGUUCAGUGUGGUUUCCUUAUAUUUACUCACAGACCCCAUGAUGUACAGGCUGGACUCAACACUACAGAGGUUUCACGCUCACAUCAUAGUCCAGGGUGGGUGUUUCAGGUUGGGGGACAGCCUUUCUGCAUGCAGUGAUUCGAGGACCCAGGCCAUCCCUUAGUCGACUGUCAUCCACAUGGUCAUGGCCAAGUGGCCGUGGCCUGGGUCCUGCUGGUGGAAGAGGAAGGCCAGCCUGGCGAGGUACCUGUGAUGUCUUACCAGCCCCAGCCCCAAGGGGGCACAUACUGCUCCCAUUGACAUCCCUCUGCUGAGAAAUGAGUCACAUGGCCACAACUCCUUGCAGGGGAAUCUGGGAGAGACAGUCUAGCCAAUGCCCGGGAAGCAGAGAACAGUUCGUGGAGGAUGGUGGAGGACAGCUAAUGUUCUCUGCCCCUGCCUAAGAACCUUCACAAAGAGGACAUUAAUUAUAAUCAGAGCUGUGCUUCUUGGGUGCCAAGUGCUGGUCCAGGAGCUUUAUAUAUAUUGACUCAUAGAAGUUGUGUAUCUAGGAACUUCCAAAAAUAGAACCCUAAUUAUAAUUACAGCUGCCAUUUCCCCAGCGCUUACAGAGUGCUGCAUUUUAUUUGCAUGAGAUCAUCAGGUCCUUAGAAUAACUCUGUGAAGUAAGGACUGUGAUCCAUUAAUUCAUUUAGGUAUUAUCUUCCAAGUCCCUGCUGUAUGCUGCGCAUUGGGAAUAUACCAGUGAACAAAAUAAAACCCUUGUCUUCAUGGAGCUUGCAGGGGGGAGGGUAGGACAGACAGUAAAUAAGUAAGAUGGAGCGAAUGCUGGAUGGGGGUAGAUGCUGUGGAGAAGAACAAAGCAGAGGAGGGAGAACAGUGCUGGAAGGGGGCUGCCAUUUUAAAUGUAGCCCUCCCUGAGGAGGUGACAGAGACCUGAGCUGAGUCGGAGGGAGGAAGGGAGCUGGAGCUGCAUACUUCGGUGGGACGAGCGGUCCAGGCGGGAGGAGGCAGGAGCCUGCUGGGUGUCAGAGAGGGCAGAGCUGGAGGGGUGAGGGCAGAGGGGAGCGGAGGGCCAGCUGGUUAGAGCUUUGUUGGAACUUGGCUCUUGCUUGGAGAUGGGAAGUACUAAUUCAUAGAAGUUUGGCACCAAAGCUCCUUAGAAAAUAGAAGCCUAAUUAUAAUGAUAGCUACCAUUUACUGAGCAUUUACUGUAUGCCAAGCCCUGUUCUAAGGCACUUUACAUGUGUUAACUCAUAGAAGCUUGGCAACUAAGAACCUUCAAGAAUAGAACCUGAAUUACCGUAAUGGCCAUCAUUAAAUCAGCGCUCACGGUGGACCAGGCCCUGGGCUAAAGCGCUUUAUAUGGACAAUCACAUCGGAUCCUUAUGAGGAUCUUAUACCAAAGCAUCUGUCAAAACCCACACUUUUCAUCCUAGAAGCUCAGAAUCUGAAAACCUGACAUUUAUCCACUCUUCAACUUGAGACUUUCCUAACCACUGUAGCUUAACAUCAAUGACUCUCAGAAUCGUCAAAGCAGAAAUUCACAGCUCAUUAAAACACCACAGAUGGAUUUUAUUUCCUGGAGCAGCAUGCUUAAGUGCUCUUCUGCCCUAAGAUGGGGCUUUCUAAGCAUGGAUGUAGAGAACCAUCCAUUCAUCAGCAAAAAUUCCUAAGGAUAUGAGAGACUGGGGAUCCAGACACCUAGUCUGCUGCCAGUGGGGUCAUUCAAUUCCUCGGGGCCCAGGCAGGAUAGGGACACCAAGCUAGGAAUUCCAAAGAGAGGACUUAACGCAGGGGAGUGGUCACGCAGCUGUUAGAAGUCUGAGAGCACAAAUGUGGAAAACUGAGGCAACUGAGCAGUUCGUGUCUGCACAAAGCUCCCACCUCUAGGCCUGGAGUCCCAGGCCCAGCAGGAGCUUGGAGGACAGGCCAUGUGCAGAGGUUUAAACCUCAAGAGGUUUAGCACAGUACCUUGUGCCCAGUACAGAACGGCACUGGAGCCUGAGCUGCUGCUGGAGGGAGUCCAAAGCAAGGUGAGUCCCUUCUCCCUCUUCCUACCUUCUUUAUGCCCAUCCCUCUCGUGGGCAGAACUUGAGGAAGCCAGCUCUGGAGUCUGGGAAACCUAACUGCAGAAAGCCCAGCAUCACAGAGCAUCACAGGGAUGAUGCCAAGAGACACUAGGUAAACAAUGGGCACAGUUGAGCAUUCUUUGAGCCUCUGAGAUCAGCAGUGUCCUAGGUGCUGGGGAAGUGAGGAAGACACAACACUUGCCCUCGAGAGUGUGGAUUCCAGGGUAAGGACACGGAUAAUGACAAACUAAAGCAUGAUAAUCCCAGGUAUUGAAGAGUGCUAAGAAGAAAUUAAGUCAGGGUAAGGGUUGCAGGUGCCACUUUAGCCAAGCAUGUCAAGGAGGACCUCUCUGAGGAGGUAGCAUCUGUUGAGUCCUAAAUAACGUAGAGAGUGUUGCAAAAUUCUGGGUAAGAGCACUCGAGGCAGAGGGAACAGCAAGUGCAAAGGCCCUGAGGCAGAAGCCAGCCUGGCAUGUGUGACUGGAGUAUAAUGAAGAUAAAGCUGGGAGGGAGUUAAGAUUGCUUAGCAGGCAGGGGCUCCCAUCACUGUUGGGUUUUCUGGGCCUGGGUAAGGUCUUGGGAUGUUAUCUAUGGGAUGCCAUUUGAGGAUUUUAAAUGAGUGAUGUGUGCCAACUUACGUACACGGGGUGGUCUGUAGUGGUCUGUAGUGGACGGGGUGGUCUGUAGUGGACUGUAGUGGACCAGCAGUGGUGGCAGGUCCGGGGGUAUGGUGGGGGGAGCAGUUAGGAGAGCAGCUGUGGGGAGGGCCGGUCAGACUUGGGAAUUUAAAGAUUUUUUUUAUUUUUUUUGGCAGAGACAUAACGAGAGAGGGAACACAAGCAGGGGGAGUGGGAGAGGGAGAAGCAGGCUUCCGCUGAGCAGGGAACACCAUGCGGGGCUCAAUCCCAGGACCCCGGGAUCACGACCUGAGCUGAAGGCAGACGCUUAACGACUGAGCCACCCAGGCGCCCCAAGACUUGGGAAUUUAGAAGUAGAGUAGACAGUUGACCAAUCUCAUAGUAGUGGUGUAGGUGGGGGCUGUAGGAGUCACGUCGACCCUUUUUAUGUUUUUGAGACGCCUAUUCGUCAUCCAGGUGACUUUCUCAUGGGUAGAAGUCUGGGGUUUGAGCUGAAGAUAAAGAUUGGGAAGUCACCAGUGAUGCUAUUUAAAGUCUUGGGAAUCUAUGACAUCUGGAGAGUGGAGAGAACAGGAAGAACACAGGCAGGCUGCUAUCUAUCUCAGGGGAGCAUGUGUGAUUUGAGCCUUAGGUUUGGGUUGGAGGGAACCGCUGUGGGGGAGGUGUAAAACAUCUGGGUUGGAAACUUCUGAGCUGUCACCAGGUGCAGAGGAAAUAUUUGACUUUGGUGAAGUCGGUAUUUUAGGAAUAAGUGAUGGCCAACUAACUCCAAACCAAUUUCCCCAUAAGUCAUCCAAGCAAAGAGAUCCAGGCUAGCUAGCCCCGCCCAAAUCCUACACAAACAAACACAUGCACGCACAGCCCCCUACUAGAGGUAGUAUUUCCCAGGGUGGGAAUCCCGGCUGCGAGGCUCAGAGUAGGUUGUUUGUCUGUCGGUUAGACAAGAGGUCGGCAAACUUUUACUGUAAAGGGCCAGAUGGCCCUUUCUUAUUUUAGGCUUGGUGGGCCAUACGGUCUCCGUUGCGACUACUCAGAUCUGCAGUUCUGCGCUGCAGACAGGCUUUAAAUGAGGCUGCAUGUGACAGAGACUCAAAAUAAGGGUGAUUUAAACAAGAUAGAGGCUUAUUUCUCUCUUACAUGAUAGUAUGGAAGUGGAAAUUCUAGGGCUGGUAUGAUGACUCUGCUCCAUGAAGUGAUCAUGGUCCCAGGGACCCAUGGUCAAGGGAUCCGUCCUUCUGCUGUCUUGCUGCUCUGCCAGGCCAUAUCUUGCUCUCAUGGUCCAAGAUGGCUGGAUACCAUGUCCACACUCUAGGCAGGCAGUAGAGGAAAAGGCAUGUCCCUCUCUGAAGCCUGAGAACUCUACCCAGAAUUUAGCCAGAACUCGGGUCACAGGGCCACACGUAGCUGCAAGGGACCCUGGGAAAUGGGAGUGUUUGUAGCUACCAUGUACCUAGCUAAAAAUUGGGAGACAUCUAUCAGUCUCUACCAUAUCUAUCUCAGCUAUGGGCUCUAAAAACAUCCCUCGGUUCAGAUAGAGUCUGUGAUUAUUGUAUGCAGGGCAUCAACCAUUGUCUCUAAGGGGGGCAGGACAGGUAAUCCAAAGUCCUGACCACACUCAGCACGAGGCCCGGUGGGACUCCGCCCAGGGUUAGGCUUUUCAAGAGCUGAAAAUAGGAUCUUAAUGGGAGCUCUCCCAAUGUUGGCCAAAUACAACAGGAAACAGAAGGUAUCUCUGUUUGAUUUCAAACCAGAUUCCCUGCAGGGCCAGGCCAGCUCUGACCUGAGCUUCCCCCUCCCUGUGCCCUUCUUUUUAUUUUAUUUAUUUUGAAAGUGAGAGAGAGGGAUGCGCAGAGGGGUGUGGGGCAGAGGGAGAGGGAGAUUGAGAAUCUUAAGCAGCCUCCAUGCUCAGCGCAGAGCCCGAAACCGGGCUGGCUCUCACGACCCUGAGAUCAUGACCUAAGCUGGAAUUAAGAGUUGGACGCUUAACGACCUGAGCCACCCAGGUGUCCCCACCCUGUGCCCUUCUUAUAUUUUCUGGGAAUUCCUGCUCAAGAGCCAGAGUUCCUUGUUUAGACAUUUUAAUAUAAGUCUUCUCUGUUUUUAGAUGCUAUUAUUUUAUUCAUGUCAUCUCACCUAUACAUAUAGAAAAUAUUCCAUGACCAGAAUAGUACAUAAAAUUAUUUAAGCGGGCAAUACAUUAUUGGGGGGGAGCCCAAAUCCAUCCAAUACCAUGGCCCCUCCAUGAGUGGGAAAGACUGACGGGUGGGAGAAGACAAGGACUUGAAUUGCAACCCCCACGUGACUCAGAGUACAGCCCCCAACUUUGCUAUCCUGUCCCUAAAGGCCCAAGUCACUCCACAUCUGGGACCCUUCCAGUGCCAUUACAGGCCCCGCAACACCUCACCUUCCCCGCCCCCUUUCAGGCACACAUCCAGGGGAAUUUGCUCCUACAGCUCAUGCCACCCAUUUGGGAAGAAUUAAAGGUGAUUACACAAUCUGCAGCUAGUUGUGAUUUCAAACUAUUUUUUUUUUUUUUAAGAUUUUAUUUAUUUAUUUGAGACAGAGAGAAUGAGAGACAGAGAGCAUGAGAGGGAGGAGGGUCAGAGGGAGAAGCAGACUCCCCGCUGAGCAGGAAGCCCGAUGUGGGACUCGAUCCCGGGACUCCAGGAUCAUGACCUGAGCCGAAGGCAGUCACUUAACCAACUGAGCCACCCAGGCACCCGAUUUCAAACUAUUUAAUUGGGAAUGAGAGAGAUACAAAUAACAGUUUUCCCUUUUGCUUGCUCAUUUUUUUUU